AAAUGCAGUCUGCUGUGAAAUGGACUUUUGAGUCGCUUCAACACUUGAAGACAAGACAGAGGCAACAGCGAGGGAGUCUCCGGCAGCCAGCUUCACUGAGUCUAGACCAUUGGACUGCUCUCUACUGGCUGCAGCACGGUGACAUCUCCAGAAUAUGGAUUCUCAACAAAUACAGACAGUUUUUUUCCUUUGUGGACAAGCACAAUUAGAACUUUCUGCUUAACACGUUCUGCCUCAGUGUUCUCUACUGCCUCAGCUUUAUCCUUUUUCUCUCAUCUUUGCUUUGUGAGCAUCCUGGACCCUGUCUGUGAAGAUGGACAGCACAGAACCCGUGCAGCCCAGUCUCAACUCAUCCUAUCUUCCAGCUGCACUUGGCAACCACAUCAUAUCUGAUGAUGAUGAGGAGAGAGAGGACCUCAGUCCCUCUGCGUCCCUUCUGCCCAAAAAUUCCCCAGCUCCUCUGGCGGUGCGCUACAGUCCAGAAGACUCAUACUGUUUGGUGUACAUCAUCUUUUUUUUGAUGGGCAUCGGUUCCUUGCUCCCCUGGAACUUCUUCAUAACAGCCAAACACUACUGGCACUUCAAACUCAGCAACAACUCUGACCACAGCAGCGGUGAGGAGCAAAGUUCCGACCUCAGCAACUACUUUGAAAGUUAUCUGGCCAUCGCCUCCACGGUGCCCUCUGUGCUGUGUCUGAUACUCAACUAUGUCUUAGUUAACAGGUUGUCUGCGAACUUGCGAAUUCUGUCAUCUCUUUUUGUGAUCCUGCUGGUGUUUGUCCUGACCACGGUGCUGGUGAAGGUGGACGUGUCAGACUGCAGGAUGGGGUUCUUUGCUUCUACACUAGCCAGUGUGGCUGUCGUCAGUGGAGCCUCCAACAUCUUCUCUGGGAGUAUGUUUGGGAUCAGUGGACAUUUUCCCAUGAGGAUCUCUCAGGCUCUCAUAUCAGGUCAAGCAAUGGGAGGUACGCUGAGUGCAGUCGCGUCAAUAGUGGACCUCGCUGCAGCUAACAAUGUGACAGACAGUGCUCUGGCCUAUUUCCUGACAGCUGACAUCUUCAUUCUGCUCUGCAUCAUCUCAUAUUUACUGUUACCAAAGCUGGCAUAUUCAAGACACUACAUGCUGGGCGCAACGCACACCAGCCCAGGGGUGAUGAGUGAGGGUGGAGAUGCUGCCAGCGCAGUCCCGCCUCUGCAGCCUAUCCUUCAGAAGACAUGGGUGCUCGGACUGAGUGUCUUCUAUGUCUUUUUUAUCUCCAUCAUGGUGUUCCCAGCAGUUUCCUCAGGGAUCCAGUCUGUCCACAAAGACAGUGGCAAUCCCUGGACAACCACUUACUUUGUGCCCCUAACCAGUUUCUUCCUGUACAACGCAGCAGACCUUUGUGGCAGGCUAGCCACAGCCUGGCUGCAGGUCCCUGGUCCCACCAGUCGAGUGCUGCCUGCACUGGUGCUGUGUCGCUCCGUCAUAGUGCCACUUCUCGUGUUCUGUAACUACCAGCCAAGGGAACACCUCCAAACAGUGCUGUUCGCCGAUGAUGUCUACCCUGUGGUGUUUAACUGCCUGCUCGGUCUCUCUAAUGGCUACCUCGGCACACUGCCAAUGAUCUAUGGCCCAAAGGUGGUACCACGGGAGCUGGCAGAGGCCACAGGAGUGGUGAUGUCUUUCUUUCUCACUCUGGGACUCGCUGCUGGAUCUGCAUUCUCUGUACUUCUCGUACACUCUAUCUGAUCAGGAUUUUAACAAUAACCAAGUCAUGUAUAUUGGUAUACUUCAGCAAGACACUAAAGUCAGUGUACCCCGUGCUGAUGGGUACCAGAACUUGAAAACACUGUGAUUGCUAUGAGGGAAAGUGCCAAAGAAGCUUCUCAUUUUUACUUGACGAACAUGCCUUAACUCUUUAAUACCUCACAUUAAUAUGUUGUAUUUGCAUUGAUGUGAUGAAGCUACAGUUGCAAUCAGUGCAGUCCACGAGGUACUCUUGUUUAAACAAAAGCUUUAUUUUAAUUCCGAUUUAUGUAGAAACAAAUAUAGUGUUUUAGUAAUGUCUUUUAAUUUGGCCAAGAAGUUUAGUCAGAACAGUUUUGGUGCUCAUUGGUAUUAAUUCUUUAAGUCUGUAGAACUCUACUGAAGGGAUGGAGCAUCAUUCUCUCAAAGUUGUUUUAAUUAUGGUGCUGUCUGACACCUCGGUCCAAAAUCCCUCAUAGGUUCUACACUGGGCUGAGAUCUGGUGACUGUGAAGGCCAUAGCAUCUUAACAUCUUCAUCAAACCAGUCAGUGACCCCUCAUGCACUAUGGAAAAGAGGAACUGUCAUCUGAGAGACCAUUCUUAUCUGGAUAGAAGUGUUUUAUAAGAUAAAUGUGACCAUUCAAGGCCAUUUUAUAUAGAUUAACAGUGACUCUAAAGUAGACCCAAACCAUGCCCAAAAAUGCCCUCCACAGCAUAGCAGAGCCACUGGAUAUUUUACUGUUUGUAAAAGUGUGAUUCAUCUACAGUUUACUUAAGUGUGUAUGGAUGCAUUUCCAUAGGUAUAUGUUACAUAUAGCACAUGUGCUCUCUAGUCAUUAAACCAUCAAAGUACAGCAACAAGUAGCCUGUAGACAAAACUCAAAAUACAUUUUAUUGUUUUAUUACGAGUUGGUGUAGUUGUCAUUGGGCUAAAUGUGGACAAAAAUUUAAAUGUUUUUAAAAGAAAUACAGCAUAUGUGGUCUGAUUAUUACGAGUUAUUUGUGAUAUUGUGUUAUGGGACUUUAUGUGUUAACACUCUGAUCUCCAGCAUCUCUUCUUCUUCUGAACUAUAUAAAGGUUUGGGCUCGGUAAUAUAUUUCUUCUUCAAGCAUUUUUUGGUAGAACAACUUGUGUGCUCAGGGUUGUUGUCGUGUUAUAUCACUGACAGAUGUCCUUAUUCUUCAGAAUUUGUUGGUAGAAUUUAUAAUUCAUUGUUCCAUCAAUGGUGGCAAGCUGUGCUGGCCAGGAUGCAGUAAAUUGGGCCCAAACCAUAAUACUACCACCACUGUUUCACAGAUGGGAUAAAGCUCUUCCAUUGGAAUUUUGCAUUUUCCUUUCUCGAAACAUAAUGCUCCUAAUUUAAACCAAAAUUUUUGGUGUCAUCUGUCCAAAAACAUGUUCUAAUACCUUU